AAUAACUUUGAAAAUGCAAAAUUAGAAGCAUUACUCGAUCAAGAUUUCUGUCAAGUGCAAGAAGAACUUUAACAAUCAUUUGAAAAGACAAAAACAUGGAAAUCGAAUAUACAACGACAUGUACAACAAUCCUAUUAAAGCCACCAAUUUAGAACAUCGUGAUGUGGUGCUCGAUAUACUCUCGGAUGCGCGUGUCGUGGGACCAUUAAUGCAGACAGGUUUAUUUCACGCCGAUGUAAAUCGUCGAAAUUACAUGUAUGUGUUUGGGCAUAACAGCGCCAAAGGACCUUAUGCAAGUCUUCCGCACAGCAUUGCUGGCGAGGAAUUGGCCUUUAUAUUUGGUGCACCACUAGCGCCUGCUGGUCCAUUUCCUAGCAAUUAUAAUGAACAGGAAAAGCUGCUUUCCGAAGCUGUUAUGGCAUAUUGGACCAAUUUCGCCAAAACUGGUAAUCCUAAAGCACCUUGGAAAGGCACAUUUAUCAAUUCACAUGUAGCUGAAUGGGAUCGUUAUGAUUUAGAUUGGCCAGAGUUCAACAAACGAUCGCAAACAUAUUUAAAUAUAGGCAUACCGCCCUCUAUUGGCUAUAAAUAUCGUCAAAUUUACAUGAAUUUUUGGAACAAGGAAUGGCCAAAUGAACUAAACCAAAUUGCUGAAAUCCAACAACAACCAUACUUUAAUCCCUCACAUCCUAGUACUCAACUACCACGCGGUGGUACUUCCGCGAUUUAUCCGAAACGCUUCGGUAGUGAGGUUAUCACCGGUCAUAUGAGCAAAUACGGCACACGAGAUAAUAGCGCUGAAGAUCCUGUGCGCACAUUAAAAUUACUAUUACAGGAACCGCACGGCAACACAAUGCAAGUAGAAACUGCGGAAAAUAUGUAUAAUGCGCCUCCAACGUUUGGUGUGGCAAAGCAGGCGGUUGAUGAAGUCUUCGGCAUGAACACACAACCAACAAACAUGCUGCCAGGUAGCAGCACUGCAAUUUAUGGCAUAAGCAAAUCAAUGGCACCAGCCGAUGCAGCUGAGGCUGGCAACACUGAAAAUGGCAGUAAAGAAGAAGUAGCAAAAUCAGAAUCAACCUUGCAAUUGUUGAUUGGCCUAAUUGUAGUAUUCAUUGUGUUGAAUCUCAUUAUUUAUUCUACAUUUUUGCUGCAGAAAAAGAAAAAAGCGACUGCUAUGAAUCGCAAACUAGGUGGCAUACUUAGCUAUGAUGGUACUACUGACGAUGAACUUAAGCGUUCCAAGCAUAUUAAUGAUGGCGAUGAGAGUUAUAUACUCGAUGUUGUGCGUAAAUCUAACACCUAUGAAGCAGUAAAAACGGAUCGUUCACCUAUAAAUGGUUUUCGAAUUACACGUCAGUUGAGUGCUUCCACAGUGGAUACGCACACAAAGGUUUGCGAGUGGAUUUCCGGUACGGUUGCUGGUGAACGUCAAUUAUGCACCACACUUAAACGUAUGUCAAACGCUGGCAGCCCAAGGGCAACUAAGAAAUCAGGCUCACCUACUUUCUCGUCUUUGCAUGGCAGUAGUGGUGGUGGCAGUUUCAUGCAACAGCCACAUAAAGUAAGUGUCGCCAUAGAUGCCACACCACAAGCACGUGGUAACAGCGUGCUGUGCCAAGAACCCAUUGAGAUAACAAAACUUAAAUCAGAUGGACGAAAUAUUAUAAUAUGUCAGGAUAUUGAGGUGGAAGAUCACGAAUUGCUGACACCACAAAAUUCCUUAGAUGCAUGUCGAUAUUCUCUCAUGCGGCAACACUCGGCAGCUACAGAGGCGUGUGAUUUGGAAUUACCUAACCAGCAAUUACAAAUUAUGCACACACAUGCACACUCAGAUCCAGUUGAUAUGUACUACCAACACAAUUGUGGAGAAGAUGUAACUACGACGAGUUUUAUGGAUGACAAUAAAAUAGAUGAGCUGCCCGAUAUUAAUGUGACUAGUCGUGAUGAAGUUGAUGAGGCACUCAGAACUACAUUAACACCAGCAGAACAGCUAACAGUAAUUAAGCGUCGUAACUACCCCAAAGUAUUACCUACAACGGCAGCACGUGAUACAGACUCUCCGCCUAUGACUGCCGACUUAAGUAACAUGUACAAAAGAAAUUCAUUACCACCGAAUAGUUUUGUGCCGUCAUGCCUCGGCCUCAGACAACCACCCAUGCCACCACCGCGCACCAUCUCCACGCUUGGACGUAAACCUUCCGUAGGACGACGUGACAGCAACAACAUUACUACAUCGCCUUUAAAGUUGGCACAGGAUUGCACACUAGAAGAGGUUGAACCUGAAAUUACACAAAACACUUUGAUAGUCGGGCCAAUUGUGCCAAAAUCGAAAGUAAGUUGUGGUUGUGCAAACAUUGAGAGUACCAGUAAUGAAAGUAAUUACUCAACAUUGAAACGUAAGCAACAGGAAAACACAACAAACAUAGACAGUGAAAUGAACACAAAACCACAUCUUAAUGAACUGGCAAAUUGUGGUUGUGGCGCAACUGACUGCAGAGCUAAUGACAAGCAACUUCCGCAGGCCAAGCCGAUGCAAAUGUUAUGUUUACCUACAUUUGCAGCUGGUGCGAAGGACAUUAGGAAAUAUGCUGAAAAUAGACUAAACUUUGAAAGAGAAACAACAACUGAACCUACUUGCACACAACAACCAGCGCAUUUUACCGAAAAAAUAUACGCAAUUGAGUCUCCCAUUACAGCAGAUGGGGUAACAAUACCAAUAACUCCAAAAACACCGGCAAACAAAGGCAACAAAUACUUUGCAACGCCACCCAAUACCCCCACCACAUUAAACCCAGCAACAGCAAUAUCGACCGAAAAAACAAUGGAUAGAGACACAAUUACGCAACCAAACAAUAUUGCAAUUAAACCCAAUUUAAAUGUGUCCAAAUCGGGCAUACCGCGCGUUUUACCUUUAUCUGCAAUAACAGCAGCAGCAGCUGCAAAUGAACUUGCAACAGCAGCAGCAAUUAAGCCAGUCACACCAACAACACCUAAAACACCAACUGCAACACGCAUACCGCAAUUGCAUAGAAAUCUUAGCAAUGAACUGACACAAAAGGAUGCAAUUGCAAAAAUAAUGCAGCCAGCAACAGCAACAUCGACAAUCAUUGGAGUUUUAACUGCAACAACACCAACAAAUACUUUGUCUCAGUUGACAACAACAACUCCAGUGACACCACCGUCGACUGCAAUGACAACUCUACCCGGCGUUGCAAACUCCACAACGUCGGCCAUUUUAACCACAAAACUGUCAACAGAUUCUGCUGAUUCAGUCAACUCUUCGCGCGAUUCAUCUUUCAGUUCCGCCACAACGAGUUCAUCUUCAUCAUCCACUGGCACAGUACGCACCGAAUUGCAGCAAAAAUAACUGCAACCGCUAAAUUAAAACAGAAACACAGAACUUCGAGCAAUAAAAACCACACAAAGAGCGGAGAAAUUGCGAGCAACAGUGAAGCAACUUUUUUGUUGCUGGCAACUUUUAUAACUGUUGCAUUUGUUACUUUUUAUUGCGCUGCCUUAAAGAACACAGCAUCAGAUGAUAGAAAAUUAUAUAUUUGAUUGAUAAAAGCACGGAAGAUGGA